UGUAGCCAUACAAAGUGAAACGUAGUGAAAAUGUGAUACAUCGUGACAUGAGAGUAUAUCCAGAAUCAAACUUUAAAAAUGAUGGUUCUAAGAAGAACCGGCCGGCUUCAGAUGUUAGUGGUAUUUCGCUGCUGGCUGCUAGCCUACGACACCAGACUACGGAGUUUUUCAACAAUUCAACAUUGCAUGGUGUACGAUACAUCGCUGAGAAGGACAGGCCUUUUUGUGAGAAGUUUAUGUGGUUCAGCUUUACAGCAGUAGGAGCAGUAACGACUUGUAUUAUCAUAGUCAGUUUAUGGGAGAAGUUCCAAACUAACCCAACCAUCACGGGUUUGGAUACAGAUUUCCAUAACUGGGAUGUCCCAUUCCCUGCAGUGACAAUAUGUGACGUGGAUCCAGUUGACGACGAUUUACUACAAACGUAUAUUGAAAGCACCUGGGGUUCAGAGCCUCCGGAGAAGGCUGGUGAGAUGCUACGAUGGCUGGCCACACUCACUUACAGAUCUAUAGAAGAACAUGCUGCUGAUUUUCUCUCAGACACAGCCCUUGUUGGAAAGGAUGACGAAGAUAGCCCUGCAGUUGCCAAAAAUCCAAAAGACGCCGUUUUCCAAAUAGUUCGACAUUGUGAGUCAUUGUUCUACGACUGUGAAUGGAAGGGAGAUUCCGAGGAAUGUUGCGACGUGCUAAUGCCUGUAUUCACUGAAAUGGGAUUCUGUUACGCCUUUAACUCCAAACAUGCGGAAAAAGUGUGGCCAUGGCAAUCGCAGACUCAAUCUGAACAGUUCAAUGAAGCGUUCAUCCAUGAGACCGACGCGAAAUGGUCCUUCAUGUUUAAUUCGGAUCGAAAGAAUACAACGUUCGAUAUUUUCAUACACUCAACAGAAGAAAUGGCAGGUCUGGAGCAAAGCGCUCAGCACUCUUGGGACCGUCGAGUGGAGAAAGUAUCUUUCUCCGUAAAACACACCUACACCACCGAAGACGCUCGUCAGCUGUCCAUUCGUCAACGCCGCUGCGUGUUUGCCGACGAGCAACAUCUGGAGACUUCCAACAUUUACACUUAUUCCGCUUGCAUGAGACAGUGCCGCAUGCAACGGAGUCGGGCUUUCUGCAAAUGUGUUCCCCAUUUCUAUCCGCCUUUGAAGGGCUACAAACAAUGCACAUUACGGGAAUUAGGAUGCAUAGCAAAACAUGCUGCUGCCAUAACAGAUGUCACAAGUUGUAGCUGUGAACUAGGGUGCUCGCACACUGUAUAUGAAGUCGAAAAACUUUCGGAUGUCGAUGCGACGCGGAUCAGCGAGAACACUUUAUUGGAAACCGAGUUUGUGUCAUGGCCUAUGGUCCGAUACAAACGUGAGGUGCUCUUCGGUUGGGUCGAUUUGCUUGUUUCAUUCGGUGGUAUAGCAGGAUUGUUCCUGGGUUUCUCCCUCUUGUCCGGAGUGGAGCUAUUGUACUAUUUCACGCUGCGAGCGUGGUGUGCAGCUGCUAGAGAUGCGGACGUGCUGCGAGAGGAGCGAGCUGAGAGACUGGCUCGGCCCAAACCUCCACAUGAUCUGAGUCUUGUGCCUUGGUGGAAGCAGCCCCCGGUACCACGCAGCGCUCGUCCACUAGUAGUGCGCGCUAAGAACGUACAGCCACCGGAGUACUCACCGCCUCCUUCAUAUCCCACCUACUUGCCUUAAAUAAGAUAACAACGUUUCUUAUACGUGUUUGAAGGAAUGAAACAAAAAUAUACUUCUUUAAUAUUUAUUCCAAUAUUUUUGGUCAUACAUCCAUAUUCCAUCUAAUGUCGCAAUUAGUAAAAUCUGUAUCGAACUACAUUAUUGUGACAAUUGGACACAAAAACAGUCAACAAGUUCCAAAAUACGAGAAAUAUAAACAUACAUGCAGUAAAGCUAAAAAACAACCACAAUAAUGCAGUUCAAUAAAUAACAAGUUUACAAAAAAAUAUAAGUUCCGAAAUAUUUCGUGUUUUGUGAACGUAUUUCUAUAUAAUAUUAAGUAUUUUACAAUUUGUUAUCUACGAACCAAAGGUACUAAAUCAUACGCAGCACCAAACGUCUAAGUACUAAACAAUUAGGAAUGAAAUUUCUGACUAAUGAAACACAUAAAUAUUACUAUUAUUGCAUUAAUAAAUUGACUUAGCAAUCUAUUACUCACGCACUUCACUCAUUUGCGGUACCCACCGCAUGAAUGAGUCAUAAUACUCUUACUUCGUUUUCAAAUACCUGAUAUUGAUAUUGCUGAUUGUAUUUUUAUCGCAACACUUCGUAAUAACAAAUCGUUUAUAGAUACAUAAUUAUACUUACAGAUAGAUAUAAGUACUUUUAUAAUAAACACAUUAACUUGCGAAUAUUAUUCAUCCAAUAGGUUGAUUUAACUACAGUGCCAGUUCAAAUAAUCUUUUAAGUAUUCUUGACAGCUUUGGCAUUAUAAUACCGCUUAAACC